AUGGCAGGUCACCGCUUCCUACUUACGAACUUGAACCACUGUGCUGGUGCGCAGGACCUGCUCAUGCAAACCAUGCUACAGUGGUCAAGCAACGUGGCCGUCAUCGCAGAGCCUUACUUUGUGUCUCCCCAGCCCAAUUGGGUCGGCGACCCGUGUAACUCUGUGGCAAUUGUCGUGGCUACUGGUCCGGGCUCUAUGCCCCUAUCCGUCCGGGACAGGGAACCCGGAUUUGUGUCCGCCUCCUGGGGCGAGUAUUUGGUUUUCGGGAUCUACUUCUCUCCCAACGCUCCGUUGGCUGAGUACCAGCUUUUCCUAGAUCGCUUGGGAAUAGCUGUCAGGAGGGCAACUCAGUCCAACGUGAUCGUGCUGGGCGAUUUCAAUGCCCACAGCACGACAUGGGGAUCCCCGGAGACCAAUGAUCGCGGCGAAGCGGUCGAGGAGUGGGCGGCGUUGUGCGGCCUUGUGCUGCUCAACCGUGGCUCAACCGACACGUGGGUGCGACGGCAGAGCGGGUCCAUAGUGGACUUAACGUUCGCUAGCCCUGCCUUAGCAUCGCGCGUGUCGAAUUGGCGGGUUCUGGAUGAUGUGGAGACACUCUCGGACCACCGCUACAUUACGUUCGAGGUCGCCACAUCAUCUAGUGAUUCCAUCUCCCGUCGGGAUAGGGAAGCCAGACCAUCGGUCUUCCCGAGGUGGUCACUCGCGCGCCUCAAUGAGGAGCUGCUGGAGGAGGCUGCAAUUGUCCAGGCAUGGACUAUGCAGCCCGUUGAUCCAGCAGAGGUGCACGAGGGUGCCCUCAGAUUCAGGGAGGUUCUCACGCAGAUAUGCGACGCGGCUAUGCCUCGUGCGAAGAGGCAGCCCCCAAGGCGAGCGGUAUACUGGUGGACUCAAGAUAUAGCUGAGCUGCGCAAAGCUUGCGUUGCGGCGCGUCGCGAGUUCACCAGAUACCGGAGACUGCAGAGUCGCAGCGAAGAAAGGGAGGACCUGCUGCAUAACAUCUACAGCCAGUCCAAAAAGACCCUUCAACUGGCAAUCAGCAGGUCCAAAACCCUCUCCAGGCAGGAGAUGCUGGAGGAUCUCAACAGGGAUCCGUGGGGACGCCCGUACCGUGCGGCGAGAUGCAAAUUUCGCCCACAGGCGCCCCCGAUCACGGAAACCCUGGAGCCUCGACUGCUGGAUGACGUGGUGACGGCACUGUUCCCUGACAGAACCGAUCACGCGCCCCCGACGAUGGCGGAUCCUUUCGAGGAUGACGAGGCUGAUGAGGUCCCUCCUCUAAGAUCGAUGGAGGUUCGUGCGGCUGCGCUCAGGUUGCGGGCCAAGAACACCGCGCCCGGACCAGACGGAGUCCCGGGUCGGGUGCUGACACUGGCGUUGAACCAGUUGGGAGCUCACCUAGCCGAGCUCCUCGACGCCUGUUUAGCGUCGGGUCAGUUCCCGACUUGCUGGAAGGAAGGACGGUUAGUCCUUCUUAGGAAGGAUGGGCGCCCCGCAGAGUCACCCUCUGCCUACCGCCCGAUAGUCCUGCUGGAUGAUACGGGAAAGCUCUUCGAGCGUAUCAUUGCCUCUCGUAUCACCCAGCACUUAUCCAGCGUAGGCCCGGAUCUGUCGGACAACCAAUUCGGGUUCCGAGUGAGCCGAUCGACCAUUGAUGCGGUCACGCGCGUCAAGGCUCUCUCGGAGGAAGCGGUUGUCUCAGGCGGUGUGCUGUUGGCGGUGUCCUUGGACAUCGCCAACGCUUUCAACUCCCUGCCUUUCGACAGCAUCCUUGAGGCAAUCCGGUAUCACCGGCUUCCUCAAUACUUGCGGAGGCUGAUAGAGGUCUACCUAUCUAAUAGGGAGGUCCUUUACGCCGGGCGGGAUGGAACUCUCCAUCGGAGGGCCAUGGAAUGUGGUGUUCCACAGGGGUCGGUCCUGGGACCACUCCUGUGGAACAUUGGGUUCGACUGGACCCUGCGGGGCGAUCUUCCCUCGGGCCUUAACAUCGUCUGUUAUGCAGAUGACACUCUUGUCACGGCCCGGGGGGAGAAUUACGAAGAGGCGGCUGCACUCGCUACAAAUGGCGUCCAGCGAGUUGUGGAGCGCAUUGAGUCGCUGGGCCUAAAGGUGGCCCUCAAUAAAACCGAGGCACUGUGUUUCCACGGUCCUCGGAGGGGGCCACCUGCGGGCGCCUGCAUUGUCAUUGGUGGCUGCCGGGUCGAGAUAAAGCCUCAGAUGAAAUAUCUGGGACUUUAUCUCGAUCCGAAAUGGAAUUUCCGGGAGCACUUCCGGAGAUUGGCUCCCAAGCUUAUCAGUGCGGCGUCUGCGCUUGGGAGGUUGUUGCCCAAUCUGGGAGGACCGAGUAUCACGUGCCGUCGGUUAUACACCGGCGUCGUGCGCUCAAUGGCGCUUUAUGGCGCACCGGUGUGGGUCGGGGCUCUGACUGCUCCGAACAAGACCUUGCUGUACCGUGCACAGCGGGUCAUAGCAGUCAGAGUCAUCCGAGGAUACCGCACCAUCUCGCAUGAGGCAGCGUGUGUCCUUGCGGGCACGCCUCCGUGGGACCUCGAUGCCGAGGUUCUCGCGGAGGUUUAUGUGAGAUGCGCGGAGGCUAAAGCGCAGGGAGAUGGCCCAGAUCCCGAAGACCUGGAUCGCUGGAGGAAGCGCGCUCAACGCAGUCUGCUGCGAAGGUGGAGGCAGCGACUGGAAGAGCCGUGCGCUGGCUUGCGGACUGUGGCGGCUGUUCGCCCAGUCCUGAAGGAAUGGGUGAACCGACGCCACGGUUCGCUCACCUUUAGGCUGGUGCAGAUCCUGUCGGGGCAUGGCAGCUUCGGCAGGUAUCUGUGCCACAUAGCCGGCAGGGAGCCGUUGGCAGUGUGUCACCAUUGCGCUUGCAGUGACGACACCGCCGACCAUACACUGGGGGUCUGUCCAGCAUGGGCGCAACAGCGAGCGGCGCUCGCCUCAGUGGUCGGGAACGACCUCUCGCUGCCAGCCGUGGUCAACGCCAUGGUUGGCAGCAAGAGAGCGUGGGAGGCGAUGGUCUCCUUCUGUGAGGACGUGGUGGCACAGAAGGAGGCUGCCGAACGGACCCGAGAGGACGACCCCCUCUCGGAUCCUAUCCGACGAAGGCGUACUGGGCGGAGAAGGGGGGUAUUUGCUCGCCAACUCUUGCCUAUGAAGCUAAGAAGAACCCAACGCGCGGCGGGUCCGCUCAGAAAACUCUGGGCGGGCAACGGCUUCGGCCACCGUCGGGCAACCCGUAAGCCUGCACUUGGUGGGGUCGCAGGAACGGGGGCCGCCUUCACACUGAGUGGAGGGGGCUGCGAGGAGAUAACCUCUAUAAAAAAUCCGCAGGGAGGAGGCGAAUUCCGCCUUCGCGCGGCUGGAAAUGGAAACGAAUGCGCGCGAUUUGGAGAAGAGAAGGAACUGCCUGCGGAUCCCACCAAUCCGGGGGCGGCCCUCUCUUCUGUUGCUGGAACUAGUGGCUGCUCUAGAGCAGCUGAAAAGCCCCGCAAGGGCAAAACGAAGGAUGGGUCGAUUUUGGACCCGGGACCACUGGUGCUUAGCGGCAAGGACCAGCGGUUGAAGGCACAGGCUCCUAAAACUUAUAAGGGCAAUGUUGAGGGAAGCUUGGAGAGUAGGGAGAAAUGCCUUACCAGGCAGGAGGAGGAGACGGCGGUGCUUGUUUCGGAAGCAGAUUCUGACUGCUCCGGGAUGGACACGGCCAUCUCUUACUCAGAUGGAGGUUCUGUCGCUAGCGGUAGGCGACGUAAUAAGAGGAGUGCCCCGGAUGCGGACAGCAGCGGCGAGUCAUGUGCCAGCUCUAUCAUCACUGCGCCCGCACCGAAAAGCACAGCCAAGCGAGGAAGAGGUAGACCGCCCACCACUGGGCACUACGUCGGCCUUGCAAAGGCGAAGGAGGCCCUUGUCAGUGCUCAACGGGCUGAACUUGAGCUACAGGACGAAUCGGAGGUCCUACAGUCAGCCAGGGAGCUCGCGGCUGUGCCCGCGGACUGCCUCGAAAGACGCGUGGAGAGCGGCGUCAAGGUUAUUCUUGACGUCGCUCGCAAAUCGAAGAACCUUAAGGGCACCUUUGUAAAUGCCCUUAAGAAAGCUGCCACUCAAAUUGAGCAAGCUGUGGCGGCAAUGGCGGAACGGACUUGUGACGAAGAGGUGCGGGUUCUGCGUUCUGAAAACGCAGAACUGAGAAAGAGGGUGGAGAACCUCAGCGAGGAGAUGGUCAAGCUCCGCGAGGACCUCGAACAUCUCUCCGCGGAGCGAACCCGCACCAAUGCGCCCAAGCAACAAUCGGAGGAUAGGAGUAUGGCGGAUCAGCGGGCAGCCAUAAUCAGCGAUAUCGAUCGCAUGAUUGAUAUCAAGCUUGCCAGGCUAGAAAACCGCCUACUCCCACCGUCGGCUUUUCGUCCACCCCUACAGGCGGACCUCAGCAGACCUGCGCCGCAGGCAAGUGGAGCCAAGGCACAGGCUCCCAAGGCAGUGAAAGCGCCAGCAGCCAAGGCAGCCAAAAAGGCUGCGGCAGCAGCGACCCCUCCCACCCCAACGCCCACACGUGGCAAAGCGACCCCUUCACAGGGAUCGCAACCACCAGUGGAGACGUGGAGCGAGGUGGUGCGGAGAGGUAAAAAGGCGAAGAAGGUGCGCAAAGCUGAAGCCAAUCCCGCAGCCCAGACCACGUCUAGCACGCCUCCGGUGAGCCAUGUAGACACUACAAGGCCACGCGGAAAGGCGAUGCCGAAAAAGGCGGGAGGCAGUGGAAAAGCCAAGGCUCUCUUGCGCCCACCAAGAUCAGCCGCGGUCACAUUGACCUUACGGCCAGAGGCGAGUGACGAGGGCUUGACAUAUGCCCAGGUGCUCACGAGGGCGAGAUUGGGAGUAGACCUCAAGCAGCUGGGCAUAGACGGUCUCCGUUUCCGGUUGGCUGCCACGGGAGCUCGCGUUCUAGAAAUCUCCGGUAAGGAGAGUGGAGACAAAGCUGAGCUCCUUGCGGCAAAGUUAAAGGAGGUUCUGCCAGAGGCGGUAAAGGUGACCCGACCUAUAAGGUGCACUGACCUGGUCAUAUCUGGUCUGGAUGACUCUGCCACAGCGGAAAGCAUCACGGCUGCGGUCGUGGAGGCAGGAAAAUGCUCCGCUGAGCAUAUCAGAGUCAGUCCUAUUCGGAUCGGGGUGUUUGGCGUUGGCAGCGCGCUUGUUGAGUGCCCUGUUGAAGCGGCCAAGACAUUGGUAGAGAGCGGGCGACUCCUGGUUGGCUGGAGUGCGACCCGCGUGCGGGCACUGGGGCCUAGGCCAAUGAAGUGUUUUAAAUGCUUCGAAAUUGGGCAUACUGGGCUCCAGUGUCAGUCGCAGGUAGAUCGCAGCCGGAACUGCUUCCGGUGCGGCCAGGAGGGUCACAUGGCGGCGUCAUGCACCGGCGAUCUCCACUGCCCCAUUUGCAAGGCUGCAGGCAAGCCUGCAAACCACACAACUGGGGGUCGGAAAUGCGCACGGCCGAAGACCGGCAAGAAAGGGACUGUCAGGACCCCAGUCUCCUCCAGCCAAACACCGAGGGAGCCGCCACGGGAGGACCUGCUCAUGCAAACCAUGCUACAGUGGUCAAGCAACGUGGCCGUCAUCGCAGAGCCUUACUUUGUGUCUCCCCAGCCCAAUUGGGUCGGCGACCCGUGUAACUCUGUGGCAAUUGUCGUGGCUACUGGUCCGGGCUCUAUGCCCCUAUCCGUCCGGGACAGGGAGCCCGGAUUUGUGUCCGCCUCCUGGGGCGAGUAUUUGGUUUUCGGGAUCUACUUCUCUCCCAACGCUCCGUUGGCUGAGUACCAGCUUUUCCUAGAUCGCUUGGGAAUAGCUGUCAGGAGGGCAACUCAGUCCAACGUGAUCGUGCUGGGCGAUUUCAAUGCCCACAGCACGACAUGGGGAUCCCCGGAGACCAAUGAUCGCGGCGAAGCGGUCGAGGAGUGGGCGGCGUUGUGCGGCCUUGUGCUGCUCAACCGUGGCUCAACCGACACGUGGGUGCGACGGCAGAGCGGGUCCAUAGUGGACUUAACGUUCGCUAGCCCUGCCUUAGCAUCGCGCGUGUCGAAUUGGCGGGUUCUGGAUGAUGUGGAGACACUCUCGGACCACCGCUACAUUACGUUCGAGGUCGCCACAUCAUCUAGUGAUUCCAUCUCCCGUCGGGAUAGGGAAGCCAGACCAUCGGUCUUCCCGAGGUGGUCACUCGCGCGCCUCAAUGAGGAGCUGCUGGAGGAGGCUGCAAUUGUCCAGGCAUGGACUAUGCAGCCCGUUGAUCCAGCAGAGGUGCACGAGGGUGCCCUCAGAUUCAGGGAGGUUCUCACGCAGAUAUGCGACGCGGCUAUGCCUCGUGCGAAGAGGCAGCCCCCAAGGCGAGCGGUAUACUGGUGGACUCAAGAUAUAGCUGAGCUGCGCAAAGCUUGCGUUGCGGCGCGUCGCGAGUUCACCAGAUACCGGAGACUGCAGAGUCGCAGCGAAGAAAGGGAGGACCUGCUGCAUAACAUCUACAGCCAGUCCAAAAAGACCCUUCAACUGGCAAUCAGCAGGUCCAAAACCCUCUCCAGGCAGGAGAUGCUGGAGGAUCUCAACAGGGAUCCGUGGGGACGCCCGUACCGUGCGGCGAGAUGCAAAUUUCGCCCACAGGCGCCCCCGAUCACGGAAACCCUGGAGCCUCGACUGCUGGAUGACGUGGUGACGGCACUGUUCCCUGACAGAACCGAUCACGCGCCCCCGACGAUGGCGGAUCCUUUCGAGGAUGACGAGGCUGAUGAGGUCCCUCCUCUAAGAUCGAUGGAGGUUCGCGCGGCUGCGCUCAGGUUGCGGGCCAAGAACACCGCGCCCGGACCAGACGGAGUCCCGGGUCGGGUGCUGACACUGGCGUUGAACCAGUUGGGAGCUCACCUAGCCGAGCUCCUCGACGCCUGUUUAGCGUCGGGUCAGUUCCCGACUUGCUGGAAGGAAGGACGGUUAGUCCUUCUUAGGAAGGAUGGGCGCCCCGCAGAGUCACCCUCUGCCUACCGCCCGAUAGUCCUGCUGGAUGAUACGGGAAAGCUCUUCGAGCGUAUCAUUGCCUCUCGUAUCACCCAGCACUUAUCCAGCGUAGGCCCGGAUCUGUCGGACAACCAAUUCGGGUUCCGAGUGAGCCGAUCGACCAUUGAUGCGGUCGCGCGCGUCAAGGCUCUCUCGGAGGAAGCGGUUGUCUCAGGCGGUGUGCUGUUGGCGGUGUCCUUGGACAUCGCCAACGCUUUCAACUCCCUGCCUUUCGACAGCAUCCUUGAGGCAAUCCGGUAUCACCGGCUUCCUCAAUACUUGCGGAGGCUGAUAGAGGUCUACCUAUCUAAUAGGGAGGUCCUUUACGCCGGGCGGGAUGGAACUCUCCAUCGGAGGGCCAUGGAAUGUGGUGUUCCACAGGGGUCGGUCCUGGGACCACUCCUGUGGAACAUUGGGUUCGACUGGACCCUGCGGGGCGAUCUUCCCUCGGGCCUUAACAUCGUCUGUUAUGCAGAUGACACUCUUGUCACGGCCCGGGGGGAGAAUUACGAAGAGGCGGCUGCACUCGCUACAGAUGGCGUCCAGCGAGUUGUGGAGCGCAUUGAGUCGCUGGGCCUAAAGGUGGCCCUCAAUAAAACCGAGGCACUGUGUUUCUACGGUCCUCGGAGGGGGCCACCUGCGGGCGCCUGCAUUGUCAUUGGUGGCUGCCGGGUCGAGAUAAAGCCUCAGAUGAAAUAUCUGGGACUUUAUCUCGAUCCGAAAUGGAAUUUCCGGGAGCACUUCCGGAGAUUGGCUCCCAAGCUUAUCAGUGCGGCGUCUGCGCUUGGGAGGUUGUUGCCCAAUCUGGGAGGACCGAGUAUCACGUGCCGUCGGUUAUACACCGGCGUCGUGCGCUCAAUGGCGCUAUAUGGCGCACCGGUGUGGGUCGGGGCUCUGACUGCUCCGAACAAGACCUUGCUGUACCGUGCACAGCGAGUCAUAGCAGUCAGAGUCAUCCGAGGAUACCGCACCAUCUCGCAUGAGGCAGCGUGUGUCCUUGCGGGCACGCCUCCGUGGGACCUCGAUGCCGAGGUUCUCGCGGAGGUUUAUGUGAGAUGCGCAGAGGCUAAAGCGCAGGGAGAUGGCCCAGAUCCCGAAGACCUGGAUCGCUGGAGGAAGCGCGCUCAACGCAGUCUGCUGCGAAGGUGGAGGCAGCGACUGGAAGAGCCGUGCGCUGGCUUGCGGACUGUGGCGGCUGUUCGCCCAGUCCUGAAGGAAUGGGUGAACCGACGCCACGGUUCGCUCACCUUUAGGCUGGUGCAGAUCCUGUCGGGGCAUGGCAGCUUCGGCAGGUAUCUGUGCCACAUAGCCGGCAGGGAGCCGUUGGCAGUGUGUCACCAUUGCGCUUGCAGUGACGACACCGCCGACCAUACACUGGGGGUCUGUCCAGCAUGGGCGCAACAGCGAGCGGCGCUCGCCUCAGUGGUCGGGAACGACCUCUCGCUGCCAGCCGUGGUCAACGCCAUGGUUGGCAGCAAGAGAGCGUGGGAGGCGAUGGUCUCCUUCUGUGAGGACGUGGUGGCACAGAAGGAGGCUGCCGAACGGACCCGAGAGGACGACCCCCUCUCGGAUCCUAUCCGACGAAGGCGUACUGGGCGGAGAAGGGGGGUAUUCGCUCGCCAACUCUUGCCUAGUUAG